GACAAAACCAAAGAAGAGACACUGGGAGUUGACUGAAGUGUGGAGAAGUCGCGGACUGUCGUUAUCACAGAGUAAAGAUGCAGACACCAGCGGAGUCCAUCAUCCACAGCGGCUAUUUCCAUCCAACGCUCCGAUACUGGCAGACCUGCGCCACCGAUAUAAGACCUGACAAUCUCAUCUACCCGAUCUUCAUCACAGACAGUGCAGAUGCCGUGGAGCCCAUUGGCAGCCUGCCGGGACAGGCCAGAUACGGGGUGAACAAGCUGGAGGGAAUGUUGCGGCCGCUUGUGGAGAACGGCUUGAAAUGUGUGCUGAUCUUUGGUGUGCCUGCAAAUAUAGAAAAGGACGACAGGGGUUCAGGCGCCGACACAGACGACACGCCGGCUGUACUGGCGGUGAAGAAGAUCAGAUCUUUGUUCCCGGAGCUGCUGGUGGCGUGCGACGUCUGCUUGUGUCCCUACACCUCGCACGGACACUGUGGUAUCCUGAACGAUGACGGUACUCUGAACAAUGACGCCAGCUGUCUGCGUCUGGCGGAAGUGUCUCUGGCCUACGCUCGAGCUGGCUGUCACAUCAUCGCUCCCUCUGAUAUGAUGGAUGGAAGAGUCAGAGCCAUAAAACAUGCCCUGAUAUCUAAUGGUAUGGGAAACAAGGCUUCAGUGCUGAGCUACAGUGCAAAGUUUGCCUCUUGUUAUUACGGCCCGUUCAGAGAUGCUGCACAGUCCAAACCCGCGUUUGGGGACAGGCGAUGCUACCAGCUGCCUCCCGGAGCGAGAGGACUCGCCCUUCGGGCCGUGGAGCGAGACGUGAGAGAGGGAGCUGAUAUGCUGAUGGUGAAACCUGGUCUGCCUUAUCUGGACAUCGUGAGAGAAGUCAAGAACAAGUUCCCGACUCACCCCCUGGCGGUGUACAACGUGUCGGGGGAGUUUGCCAUGAUGUGGCAUGGAGCGCAGGCCGGAGCGUUCGACCUGCGGGCCGCCGUGAUGGAGGCCAUGACCGCCUUCCGCAGGGCAGGCGCUGACAUCAUCAUCACCUAUUACACACCUCAGCUGCUCAGCUGGCUGAAGGAGUAAAGAAAGAAGAUCUGAGGCUACAGGAUGGCAAACCCAGAGACGGACCAACAGACCAAAAAGAACAAACCUGCAGUUAACUCAGUCACGCUAAUAUGAAAUGUAUGAAAACAAGCAACCUGUUUAAUUUUUGGCCUUUAUUUUACUUUUCCUCUUCAGUUUUGUGGCAGUUCACAUAUCAGUACGUUCAUCUGUUCAACAGAGAUUAUUUCUGAAACAGUUUUGUUCCCAAGUUAUAUUUCUGUUUUACACUUUUGAAGGGCUAACAUGAGAAUGUAAAAGCUGACAAUCUUGUUGGUGGUUUCUAUCAGGAAAUACUCUGCCGUGUGUCACUGGGAUCAGCAUUAAAUGAACGCAGUCAUCUCUCUCAACUGUAUGUGUGUGUGAAUCAUGGGAACACAAAUGUCUGCUAUGAUGAUAUAUACGUUGCUGCCUCAGCUUAAGCACUGUUAUUUCCUAUGUUUUUUACUAGAGGGAAUAAAAUCAUUCAUUCAGAGCUGCAACAGGUGUUUGUUUGUGUGUGUGUGUGUUCUUUUUUAUGUUGAUGCAUGUUGAGUAAUGCACCACCUCUUCACUCUUUUCAACAAGCUUACCAACACUAUUAACAACUUCUUUGCACUCCCUGUCUCUUACGCAGCAUCAUAAACAGCAGUUUUAACAGCCUGAGUGUCAUUUCGUCUGAGUUCUUGAUACUCCUCUUGUUCUUUAAGUAAGAAAGGAAAUGUUCAAAUGUUUGCUGCUGUGCAUGUCUAGGGCUGAUUAUAUUACAUGAAGUGGAGCGAAAAAAGUAUUUCCUAU